AUGCAGUUCGAUCCCGAUUUUCAAACCCCUCUGAUCUUCGACGAGUCGGUCGAUUUCUCCGACCCGGAAGAGUCUCGAUUUGCAGGGGCAUUUUCAGACGGCCUUUUGGCCAAGUCUGACCCUACCCUGUCUAUGUCGGGCUUUCAGAAGACCCCGCAAAGUGGGCUAGGGGAUUUCAAUGAUCCUAUGCGAGCACUCAAUGGCGAUGGGUACGCUUCCUACACGCAGCCGUCUUAUGUGACGCAGGUGUUCCCACCCUUGGAGGAUCAGCCGAGCCCCGACACCGAUAGCCUGCAGUAUAUGCCAACCCAGAACUACGCGGGAUCCAUCUCGUUUGAAGAACAAGGGUCGCCUGGUCUGGAGCCCCCGUCUCACCCAUCUCCGGAGGUCACCUCGUACGCUCCACAGAGAGGCUCGGAAGGAAAUAAAGUCACCGUGCAGGUUCGCUCGCAAUACGACCUGGACUCUGCACGCGCAGCUUUCCUGUCCUUUGGGUCGAAACAAUGCGAAUGCACAAGGAGCCUGGUGGGAUAUCAGGAUUCAACUUUCAACUAUGUGUUCUCCACCGAGGUGCCUGCCUUUGUCACGACCAUGUCUCCAUCCUUUGCUGUCCCCCUGCAGCUGGUGAUUGAUCUCCAGUCCGACAAUGGUCCUGUCAUUCUCCAGGUGGGUGUGUUCACCUAUGACCAGUUGCCGCAGACGUCCUCCGACGACUGUCGGAAGAGGAGGGUGUCCUCUGCGUCCGAGAACAUCGGGUCGAGACCAGUCAAAAGGCAUUCGGCCCAGGAGAUCGAGGUCAAAGGGGAGCGUGACUGCUAUACCCUUCACGAGCGUUCGGCCUCGUAUUCGCCGUUCCUCCCGACUCCAACGACGGUCAGCUCUUAUCCUGCUCAGUGCAGCCAGGAGAGAUCGCCUAGAGCGUCCUUCGAUCUCUUCGCUGGUACGUCUAGCGGAUCACAGACCUCGCUUCAGGCACCAUCGACUUUACCGACUUCAUGGAGUCCGUCGUUCUCCGCGGCGCAUAGCCUCCCUUCCACUGCUGCGCCGCACCAGCAGACGCAAGCCGCCCCUGCCCGGCCUCCGAACCCUACCCUAAUUCGGACAUCCACCAUGCAGCAGUCGAACCACCUGGGCCAGGUGCAGCCGUUCAACCCCUACGCGAUGUAUCCCACCAAGGCGGUCCUCAAACUGAAUGGCGAUCUUGAUUCCAUGAGCGAAAACUGGAGCCCGGAAGAAAAAGAGGCGAAACGGCGUCUUGUGCAAUUUACCCGUGUCCAGGAGGGCAGCACCAUCCAUGCAGAUUUCAAACCUGUGUCCCCUGAAGAUCGAGCACCUAACAGUAUUUGCAUCAGCUGCAUCUACUGGGAAAGCAAGGAUGAGUGCUUUGUUACAAGCGUCGACACCAUCUAUCUUCUUGAGUCGCUCGUCGGGGUGCGCUUCACCGUGGAGGAAAAGAAUCGGAUUCGCCGGAACCUCGAGGGCUUCCGCCCUCUCACGGUGUCGAAGGCCAAGGCAGACAGCGAGGAGUUUUUCAAAGUCAUCAUGGGAUUCCCUGCUCCCAAACCUCGCAAUAUUGAGAAGGACGUGAAGGUUUUCCCCUGGAAGAUCUUGUCGCAUGCGUUGAAGAAAAUCAUCGGCAAAUAUUCUGCAAGUUAUUCUUCAACGGCUGGAGCGCUCCCGUCAUCGCUCAACGGCAGCAUUUCCAAGACCGGAGCGGGAUCAGAUGGGACUGAAUCGCAGCGUGCUUUGUCUCCUCAGUCGCUGCCCGAAUCCACCACGUCCAGCGCGUACACGGCUAACCUGACCUCCACUGCUUACUCACCGCCCGUUAUGCAAUCCAAGCCUACCCUAGGUAGCUGUGUCACUGGUCCCGAGCUGGCAGCCUCCAUGGCCGGAGUCAGUCAGGUGUACGCCUCCAUGCCGGCAACGUAUUCAUACGAACCUUCUUGCCAACUGAACCAGCCCAUGCUGACAACCGGGCCAUCGUGGGAUUUCGGUACGCUGGCUAAUACUCAUCCUGGAACCGCUCUGCCGUCGUCUAACCCGGAAAAUUUCGACUAUCUCUCUACGAUUCCUUACUAA